AUGGAACUUCGCCUUCUCGUAGAAACAUCUGAACAAUCCCGGAAACCAUCUAUCAUCGUGGAUGGGAGGCAAUGGGCCCUAACCGAGCCUCUAGACAUCCACUCGGAGGUACUCCCGCAAUACACUUGCAUCUCGUAUGUGUGGGGUGAGGGACGAACUGCGAAUCCAGUCCAUCCGACGUCGAUCAUGUCCGAUCGCACGCUGCCCUCACUCGCAGCGGCGAUGUGUAACCACGGCUCUACGGCGUUUUGGAUUGAUGCCUUCUGCGUGCCAGUUCAGGGCCCUCAGAGGAGUGCUACGUUGGAGAGUAUGGGGUUCAUUUAUAGUCGCGCAGCGUGUGUCAUCGCGGUGCUCUCUAGUAGGACUUUCGCUGCGAUCGGGAUGAUCAGCAAUUGGAAUCCAUCGCAAGCGUUCUUCGAAAGGGCCAUCCUCGACGAUCUAGAGGCCGACGCGUGGAUCCGCAGCGCAUGGACGUUUCAGGAAGUCAUUAACAGCCGAGAGCUGUUAAUUGUGGGCGAAGAUGGCUCCCAGAAGUUGCUGAAAGGAAUACAUUUCUUGAACCACCUAGGUCAUUACAUCUCCAAGUAUCAGGACGCGAAUGGUGAUCUUAUCAUCGAUUGGCAACUCUCCAAUAUCAUGGACACUUCUGCGCUACAGGUGUUGUCUGCCAUGGAUAGGCGGGUGUGGGUCGAUAACAAGAAUUACUUCUACUCAAUGAUCGGAGUCAUCAGCAGCGAACCCUCGACACGUUCAUCGAAUCCGACGAUUGAAACUCUGUCGGAGACUUUCAUGGGCUUAUGCGAGGCCAAGGGGGACUACUCAUUCGUGUACUCAGCCGCAGAACGAGACGACCGUCCGGGUUUUCGCUGGCGUCCACGUUGCACCGUCCUGCCAUCUGUGCUCUCAUGGCACAGCUCCGGCGAAUCACAGCCUGUGAGGAAGGACGCCCAGGGAAUUUGGCUGCAGAAGAUGAUGGUCCUCGAGCAAUCUCCAGUGGGACUUGCACCUCGGGGUGGCGUCAUGAACUGGCUGCACGGCCCUGAUCUGCAAGAGCGCAGUGAAGCCGAGAUUGCAGACCGUACCGCUGUGGCUCUCACGCAGAUGGGGUUCACUGGGAGCCUGGAGUGCAUUUCCACUGCGAAAGGACUUUUCUAUCCUCAGCAUCCACUCUCUUCUAGUUCGGCGCUGCGCAUCCAGAUUGGCGUCGCGACGAGUCUACGGUGGACGUAUGGUGCACCGGGACUUCUGGCAUUCGUCGCCGCUGAUGCGGGUCCUACCCUCUAUAUUCCUGGAGUUUUCGUCGGAGAUAUACCCGACCAGGGUUGUGAGGAAGAGCUACUCCUUCGAUGA